AAAACUAAGAUCGAUAUCGACAAGAUGGCGCUUACGUCUGCAGUUUGCUCCGUCAAGGAUGUUCAGGGGCUGCCAAAGUCUCCGACCUUUCACCCAAGUCUGUGGGGUGAUUUCUUCCUCACUUUCCAACCACCCACCGCGCAUCAGCGUGCAUACAUGGCAGAAAGAGCCGAAGUGUUAAAAGAACAAGUUAGGAAGAUGCUGAAGGGCGCAAAUGAAGUACCAAAAAUACUGGAUCUUGUAAUCACACUGCAACGGCUUGGACUGGAUAAUCACUACGAGAAUGAGAUCGACGAGCUGUUAAACUUUGUUUACAAUUCUGAUUACGACGAUAAAGAUCUGCAUUUAGUUUCACUGCGAUUUUAUCUUCUACGAAAGAACGGCUAUCAUGUGUCAUCUGAUGUGUUUCUAAAGUUUAAAGAUAAGGAAGGAAAUUUUGUUGCUAAUGAUAUAAAAAGUCUCUUGAGCUUAUAUAAUGCAGCAUACCUUAGGACACAUGGGGAGAAAGUACUUGAUGAAGCCAUUAUAUUCACUAGAGGCCAACUUAAAGCUGCAUUAGACUCUUUGGAAUCGACAUUAGCAGAUGAAGUAUCUCUUGCCCUUCAAACACCUCUCUUUCGAAGGGUUAGAAUAUUGGAAACAAGAAAUUAUAUCCCAAUUUACGAAAGGGAGGCUGCACGAAAUGAGGUCAUAUUAGAGUUCGCAAAGUUCAAUUUCAACCUUCUUCAACUUCUUUAUUGUGAGGAGUUAAAAAAGGUCACACUGUGGUGGAAGCAGCUUAAUGUUGAAACAAAUUUAUGUUUUAUUCGAGAUAGAAUCGUGGAAAUGCAUUUCUGGAUGACAGGAGCAUGCCCUGAGCCCAAAUAUUCUCUUUCACGUGUUAUACUCACGAAGAUGACAGCCUAUAUCACCAUACUAGAUGACAUAAUGGAUACCUACAGUACAACUGAGGAGGGAAUGCUGCUUGUUGAGGCAAUAUACAGGUGUGAGGCGAACGCUACUGAACUACUUCCAGAAUACAUGAAGGAUUUCUACUUGUACUUAUUGAAGACAUUUGAUUUGUGUGAGGAUGAACUAGGAGAAAACAAAAGCUAUCGGGUGUUUUAUCUCAAAGAAUUGUUGAAGACGUUGGUCCGAGGAUACUCUCAGGAGAUAAAAUGGCGUGAUGAACAUUAUGUUCCAGAAACAAUCAACGAACAUCUAGAAAUUUCAAGAACAACUGUCGGAGCUUUUCAACUAGCAUGUUCUUCAUUUGUUGGGAUGGGUGACAUCGUAACAAAGGAAACUCUUGACUGGCUAUUGACAUAUCCAGGACUUCUCAAGUGUUUCACAACAUUUGUACGACUCUCCAAUGAUAUUGCAUCAACAAAGCGUGAGCAAAUAGGAGGGCACCAUGCUUCUACUGUCCAAUGUUAUAUGUUGCAGCAUGGGACAACAAUGCACAAUGCAUGUGAGAAGAUAAAAGAGCUAAUUGAAGAUUCAUGGAAGGAUAUGAUGAAAUUCUACCUUACACCAACAGAACAGCCAAAGGUUGUGGCACAGACGGUUGUUGAUUUUGCGAGGACUGGGGACUACAUGUACAAGAAAACAGACGCAUUCACUUUCUCCCAUACUAUCAAAGAUAUGAUAGCAUUACUCUAUGUGGAGCCACUUUUACUUAUUCAUCAUAAUUUGCGUAUUUUAGAAGAGGAAGCGCUCGAAGAGGAACCCAAGGACCUGUAUUAUGUGGAGAGACCGGAAGAAGACUUUGACAAAAGUAGAAUGGCGGCAGCGUGUGCAGAUGGUCCUCGCUCCCACCAUGAGGAAAUGAGGAAGCCUGCCCCCUUCCACCCGACUCUGUGGGGAGAUUUCUUCCUUUCUUACCAGCCGCCGACUUCAGCAAAGGAAUCUCAAAUGCGGGAAAGGGCUGGAGUGCUAAGGGAAGAAGUGAGGAAGAUAAUCAAAGGCUUAAACGAUCUGCCAGAAAUGGUGGACCUUAUAAUCACGCUGCAGCGACUUGGUCUUGACCACCACUACGAGGAUGAGAUAAACAAGCUGUUGCACGUUGUUUAUAACUCCAAUCACGAUGGCGGUAAUCUGGACUUUGUUUCGCGCCGAUUCUAUCUUCUGCGUAAAAGUGGCUAUAACGUGCCAUCCGAUGUAUUUCUGAAGUUUAAAGAUCAAGAAGGGAAUUUUGUUGAUGCUGAUAUUGGAAGCUUGUUAAGCUUAUACAAUGCAGCGUACACGAGGAUUCAUGGAGAGACAUUGCUUGACGAGGCAAUUGCUUUCACUAGAAGAUGCCUUCAAGAUGGAUUGAAACGUUUGGAAUCACCACUCGCAGAGGAAGUGUCUUCUGCCCUUGAUACACCUCUUAUCCGAAGGUUUGGAAUUUUGGAAAUGAGGAACUACAUUCCUAUUUACGAAAAGGAGCCUAAACGAAACGAAACAAUACUGGAGUUCGCAAAACUGAACUUCAACCUUACGCAAAUUCUUUAUUGCACGGAGCUAAAAGAGGUCACGCUGUGGUGGAAGGAACUCAGCGUCGAAUCAAACUUGAGUUUUGUUAGGGAUCGGAUCGUAGAGGUGUAUUUUUGGAUGAGCGGGGGAUGCUACAAUCCUCAAUACUCUCAUUCUCGAAUUAUACUUACGAAGAUUGUUGCUUUUAUUACAAUACUAGACGAUACCCUUGACACAUAUGCUACCACUCAUGAGAGUAUGCUGCUUGCGGAAGCAAUUGACAGAUGGGAUGAAGGUGCAAUAUCUCUCCUUCCAGGAUACAUGAAGGAUUUCUACUUAUAUUUAUUGAAGACAUUUUCUUCAUUUGAGCAUGAGUUAGGACCAGAUAAGAGCUACCGUGUGUUUUAUUUAAAAGAAGCGAUGAAGCAAUUAGUUCAGGCAUACAUGAAGGAAAUAAAAUGGCGUGAUGACGGUUAUGUGCCAGAAACAAUGAGCGAACACCUUGAAGUUUCACUUAUAAGCAUUGGGGGUGUCGCGGUGCUAUGUGCCGCAUUUGUUGGAAUGGGCGAUAUAAUAACAAAGGAGAUCCUCGAAUGGGUUUUGAGCGACGCUCAAUUUGUUAAGGCUUUUGGUAUAUUUGUACGGCUCACCAAUGAUAUUGUAUCAACCAAGCGUGAGCAAACAGAGAAGCACUGUGUCUCCAAUGUUCAGUGUUACAUGAAGGAGCAUGGAACAACAUGGCAUGAUGCAUGCCAAGAGAUGAAAGAAGUUACUGAAGAUACAUGGAAGGAUAUGAUACAACAAUCCCUUGUAUUGACAGAACAACCAAAGGUCGUGCCACGGACAAUUCUUGACUUUUCAAGAACUACAGAUUACAUUUACAAGACAGCUGAUACAUACACUGUUUCCCAUACGAUCAAAGAUACGGUGAAAUUGCUCUAUGUGGAUCCAAUACCAAUAUGAAGCAUGCUCAUCUUCGUUACCAAGAAUACCUGUAUGAAGCUUGCUAAAAGGACGUAUAAGUAAUUGCCAACUAUAUUGUACUUCUUAAAUAAGAACCAGUCAUGUUCAAGGAUGUGGCCUGGUGAUAUUACAAAAGAAAUGUAUUUUGCUCCCUUUCAACAUGUAACAACAGUACUAGUUGUUGUUUGCAGGAACUGUUGGAAAAUAGAAAUAUGUUACCAUCAAAUAAAAUGUAUUGUGUUUCCUCGCAAAUAAAUAAAUAAAAUGUAUUGUGUUGUGUUGCA